CAAGUAGACAGCAGCCCUUGCUGUCACACAACCCGGACCUGAUACGGAUAUGCAGUGGCCCAGACCCAAAACUUCCCUGAUGUAAUUAGCUGUUUACGAAGCAUGAUCUGGAUUUAAGUCAUAUGGCCACCCUACUGCAGGCCUGAUUCCAUAUAAAUGGCCUUGCCCCGUCACCCUAAUCCUCAAACAGCGCCCCCUAACUCACUUAUGCUGAUCACCCGGGAAGGCUUAAUCUUUCCUAGAGAUGCUUCGACAGUCCCUCUCAAUCGCAAAAAAGGCGACUCGGAAGCUCUACACUCAUGAUGACUCCAGUGACCUGAGCCUGGACUUGAACAUCACAGAACCAGCGGUAUUUGUGCCUACGUUUACGAACAAGCCGGCUGUCCUUCGGGGUACCUGCCAGUUAAGAUUGAAAAACAAUCUGACGGUAAAAAGGUUGACUGUGAACUUUCGUGGGACUAGUCGUGUGACAUGGCCGCAUGGGCUUCAUGACACCCAAACCGUGACAGAUAGCACGUUGACCUUGGUUAGCCCACAGGCCUCGGAUCCCGCACUUCCCUGCUAUUCAAGCGCCCUGUCCGAGGGAGGAAAGUCCACAUGGCAUAGGGAUAAACGCAAGCUGCGGAAUGCAGCUCCGUCCACGUUAUGUAUGGACGGAACACACGGAAAGGCAGCAGGGCCAAAAUAUCAACGUCUACCCGCUGGAACACAUACGUACGAAUUUGAGAUGGUGUUACACUCUCAUCUACCAGAAUCAAUCGAGAUUCGACAAUCCCAUGUCCAGUACCGGGUUCGUGCGUGCGUCGAGUGCCCGGGUUUUCUGAGGCGAAGCUUUGCCAAAAAGCAGGCUAUUGCUACGGUUCACUGUCCAGCUGAAGACGAUGUGGAAGACGCUGAACCAGCAUACAUUGCGCGGGCUUGGAAAGGGCUGCUUCAAUGUGGAAUCCUCGUUUCGAGGCGAGGCGCUCCCCUCGGUGACCGGCUGCCUGUUACAGUAUCCCUUACGGAAUCGAGGAAAUCCGAGUUCCGGGGCCUGCAAGUUUUUCUCUCGGAGAACGUCCAAUAUCACCAAAAGGAUGGACUUGCAUGCUGCCCGGGUCCUUUUAGACGCGUUAUAUUAUAUGAAAAAGUGGAGAAAGCUGGGCCCACUAUGUCGCUCCACCGGGCCGAGAAUGUUGAUGAUGAGCGGCCAGAAUCGGCCGCGAAGGGUGACGGAGCACUUGCGAAGUUGGUCGGGGAUCCCGAAAUACCAAGUGGACUAGAGGCUGCCGAAGAGGAGACUGUGAUGGACCUUACCUUGCAACUCCCAGAUUGCCAUUUACAUUGUGUAUCGACUGGAACGCAAGGCAUGCACUAUGACACCAAGUAUAAGAAUGUGAGGGUGAGCCACUGGCUGGAGUUUGUUUUUAUGGUGUCCCCAAGGGAUAAUACCCUCGGUUCAAGCAGCGAGCGCAUUGUGCAAAAAGUGGCGAAGGUUCCACUCGCACUUCGGUCCUGUUAUGCUCAGCAUACCAAUGCUUCUCUGCCGGCGUAUGGUGAUACCUAGGAAUUCCGCUGUGGCCGAUAGGUUCGGUUCGUCCA